AAUAUGGCUAAUUCUGAAUUAAAAACAAUUAAGAAGGCUAUACCUGCUGAAGAGAUAGAGAAAUUAAUUAAAGAGCCAGAUGAAGCUACAAAAGGAUUUUAUUUUCAACAAACAAUGUAUCGAAUUAAAGAUCCGUUAGUUAGCAUUCCUUUUUACACAAAUGUUCUUGGAAUGAGGUGAUUCUUUUGAAAUUUUAACAAAAAUAUACGCGCAAGGACCGAAUAUUUUGGUGUUAGAUUUAUUAAUGAUACAACAACUGUUGACAAUUUCGGAUAUAAAAUUUGAAAAAAUCAUUGGGCUGAUUGAGAGACCCUUUGUAGUGCCGAUUUCCGAAUAUUUUAUGAAUUUUCUGAAUUGAUGCAGCGUUGGGAAUUUCAAUAGAUAUUUUAAAUUUCUAAUUUUAUAUCCACAAUUGUCGUAUCGUUGGUUUUUUCUGAGAUUUGGUUGGCCACUACUAGAUGUGAGGGGGAUUUCUUUUUUCCUUCCUAUUCACUUAUAAUUCCUUCCCCAUAUUUGUAAUAUAUGUAUAAAGAUUUAUACCCCCUUUUUUCAGGCUUUUAAAACAAUUAGACUUUCCCGAAAUGGAAUUUUCACUCUUCUUUAUGGGAUAUAAAGAAUUAAGUGAAUUGCCAAAGGAUGAUAAGAAGCGUCGUUAUUUUGCUCUUUCUACUCAUUCAACAAUUGAAUUG